GCGAGAAGAAGAAGAAGAGGCAACGGUCGAAGGGACACUAACAAAGCACACAUAAAACGAAGCGCCAACAGUUGUUUGCAUUCAUUCAAUCGGCAACUUUCCAAGCGAUCGCAUCGCAGCAAAAAGUGAUAGAGAAAGAAGAGAAAAGAAGGAUUUCCAGUGGCGAGAUCAAUCUACAAAAUAUCAAAGCGAAUCAAUUUACUCUGCGUUUAAGGAACGAAAAGAAAGCCAAGGAUGACGGACACUAGCAGCCGCUUGAAGAUCCUUUUCCAGGGCGAGACGAACCUCAUCACUUGCGGAUCUUCCAACACCUACGAAGAGGUCAUCUCCCAAGCCAUGUCCCAAUUCGACAUUCCGGAGGCUCAAAGGAGUGCCCUUAUCCUGACCAAUGGAAAGGACUACGUGUUCGAAGAGCACUUGUUGGAGUACUUCUUGCUCCUGUUUCCCUGUCCCGAGAUCACCUUCCACCUGAGGUUCGACUGGUCCAAAAUGCGCAGGAGUCUCAGCAAGACCGUGUGUCUCAAGCGAAAGCGACCAGUGGAAAAGGAUCAGGCCGAUGGCCAGAAAGUUGAGGAGCAGGAGAAGGAAGAGCCGGUGCUGGACUACAAGCCGGUACCCGUCUACCGGAUGAACUGUUUCCUGGGUUCGCUGCCCAGCGGAGGAGCCGCUACCGUGCAUCGCCAAAAUUGCUUCCUCAGGGAACAAUCGCAGCAGCUCGAGGAGAUAUCCAUACCACGACUGAGCGAGGAGGAUUCCCAGCAGCAGGAGCCGCAAAAGAAGCGCCUUCGCUUGGAUGUCUGCUCCAAGCCAAGACGCACUGUGGCCGCAUCGGUGGUCCCCUCCCCCCUUCCUGUCAAGCGCUCGAUUCGCAUUUAAUUCGCUGAUCACCAUUUGUACAUAGCUAUAGUACGUAUACGAUAUUCCAUAUAAACAUAGUCAUUAGCUAAAAGGUUGAACCACUGUCACUAAGACUAACACUACUCCUAUCUCACCAAAAAAACGUCCAAACCAAAUGUUAUAUUAUGUAAAAUAAAUCUUUUUGUUGAUAUUUUAAGCUAUAUGAAAGCUACUUUAGUUCCUAAGCUACCAGCUUCUACACGAUUGUAAUUUACUUUUUAUUUUCAACUUCAAUUCAUUUCACUUUAUCUAUUUCUUAAAUAUUCCCUAAAAAUAUUUCGCAAUUUUGAAGUUUUAUACGCAUUACUUUCCGAACUCAAGUCAUAAAAAAUCGAACUAAAAAAAUUGUUUAUUAAGUUAUAAGACUUUUAGUCCCUAUGAAGUGAUUCAGUUUAAUAAAGCUAAGUUAUUUUGCAGAUCUAA